AUGGACGGCGCGAGCGCCGACGACGGCGGGUUCGACGCGCGCGGCGACGCCGAGAGCGACGCUCGAGGCGCGGCGGCGAAGCGGCCGACGAACGCGUUCGCGCGGACGAAGGAGAAGGACCCGUACAAGAGGUUAGGGAUCGACGCGGACGCGACGAGCGAGGAGGUGUCGAGCGCGUUUAAUUACUUGAUUCGCGAGCACGCGGGAGACGAACGAGGGGUGGAGGCGAUCGAGGCGGCGUACGAUAAGGUGAUAUCCGAGAGACUGUCGACGCGGAAGAUGCAGAAGGGACUUAGGAAGAUGAAGAAGGAGAAGAAUAAGGAUGGGGUCGAUUACGACGCGCCGUUGGUGCAGCGGGUGAAGGCGAUGUUCGCGAAACCGGAUCAACAGACGCUGAUCAGACGGACGAUGCUGUAUGUGAUCAUAUCUGGAUGGGCGAUCGCGGCGCCGGCGACGAGUGGACCGGCGUUUCAGAUGGCGUGCGCGUUCGGGACGUGCGUGUACUUUUUGAACGAAAAGCGCGGGGGUCAGGGAACGCUCGGAAAGGCUUUUAGGGACUCUCUCAUCGCGCUUUUGCUCGCGUGGCUCGUGGGGUCGAUCGUGCCGGUGUACAUCCCACUGUUCCCGCAGGGUGUGGCCCCGGAGCUGAUACUCGCGUUGUUCAGCUUUGUCGCGAUGUGGAUCACGUGCACGUUCUUGAAGUAA